GGCGUCGAGUACGGUAUAACAGGCGGUCUUUCGCGAUGACGCACACGCGGUGCGCCGCGAGUCGCAUUCACACGCAACCACCACACGCGCAGCCGACCGCGGCGAGCCGGGAGUAUUCGCUCCGCUCGCGGUGGUGUCGGCCGCUAUUCAUGCCGCGUACGAUAAACAGACGAGGAUUCACUGCCGCCGCGGAUCGCGUCGGAACGAACGAACGAACCGCGUGACGAUGCUCGGUGACGCGCAGCAGUAACGUGCAGCGCAGCGCGCUUCAAAAUCGCUCGCCGCGCGCGAAUCGCGCCCGAUUUUUCCUGGCCGCGAGAUCGGCCGUGGACGGAUCCGUAAUAUCGGGUUAAUUGUUACCGCUCUCCGUUUCGUCCGUUUGAUUUCAUCGGUGGUGAUAUCAGAAGAGAAAGAGAAGGAGAGAGGGAGAGUGGCAACAGCGGUGUGUCUUCGACAUGAGGAAGCGGUGUUAGUACUCGCGACGAGGAUGAUCGGGUCGGAAGUGAUCGACUACCUGAAGGACUCCCAAUUGGUCGCGGAUAUACAACGAUUCUUCGGCGUCAGUAUACAUUAUUACGAGAAACAUUACGGCGGAACGUCCGACGGGGAGGAGCCGCGAAGCAGCUCGGACGAGGACAAGUGCAUAUGCACAGAGGUCGAUCAUAACGAAGGGAAUCAUCUGCUGACUUGCCGCAAUCGAAAGACAAAUGGCUGUGACACCAAUAGCAAAGAAGAGUUCAAUGGAUACAUAACGCAAACGGAAGAUGAGUCAUCGGACAAACACAGGGAAGAAGCUGCGGCGGAGAAAAGUCCGCAUUACACAAUCAACAAUCCAUUCUGGUACUAUCUGUUCUUAUUCGGCACCGAGCUGGGAGAUGAGAUCUUCUACUCGGCUUUCAUACCCUUCUGGUUCUGGAACAUCGACGGAGCCGUCGGCCGACGAGUGGUCCUGGUAUGGGCCACUGUUAUGACCAUCGGACAAGCACUGAAAGAUGUGAUCCGUUGGCCCAGGCCGACGUGCCCACCGGCGGCCAGGUUGCAGAACAAAUGGUCGCAGGAAUACGGGAUGCCGUCUACUCACGCCAUGAUCGGCGUCUCCAUUCCAUUUAGCGUAGUAUUAUUCACAAUGAAUAGGUAUAUUUAUCCGGUUCGCAUCGGUUGCGUCGUCGCUUUUCUCUGGUGUGCGCUCGUGAGCACCAGCAGACUCUACCUGGGCAUGCAUACCGUGCUGGAUAUCGUGGUGGGCGUGAUACUGGCGAUCGUUUUAAUGAUCCCGUUGGUACCUCUGGUGGACACGAUGGACCCUUACGUCGUCACGAAUUUCUGCUUUCUGACAAUAUUAAUCGCCGUCAGCAUCGCCGCUAUCGUGUACUACCCGUGCAGCGACAAGUGGACACCCACCAGAGGCGACACCACGAUGGUGGUGUCGGUGACAGCGGGUGUUCACACCGGGACGUGGCUGAAUCACUACACCGGUGUGCUGAGCAAACCAUUGUUCUCACCGCCAUAUCACAUCAUUUGGCCGACGUAUCCCAUGCUCGGCCGCCUAAUCUUCCGAACUAUACUCGGCUUUUGCUGCGUAAUCGCUACGAAAGCCAUCUGCAAAUCCUUCAGCUACGCCACAAUGUGUGCCAUACUGCGAAUUAACUCGAAGGAGCUGAUGAAGUCCCAAGACUACAGUGGAAAUCCGAACAAGGUUUUCGUCGACCUAGUCUACAAAUAUGCGUGUUGCUUCAUGAUAGGUGUAAAUACAGUGUAUCUGCUGCCAAAUGUGUUCGGUAUGUUGGGUAUCGAACGGCCGACUUUCUACACAGAGAUGUGAGAAACUUAACGUACAACUUGUUGUCCGAUUUGUAUUUUGCUCUAUGAAAUAAAUUUUAUAUAUCUCGUU